GCAGAGACAGAGACACAGAGAAGCAGAGGGCCCGAGGCCACAGCAUGAACUGUGCUGGAGAGUGGACGGGAGUCGAGGCUGUACAGGGAACAGGGCUGGAGCUGGAGAGCGAGGCCGAGCGGGGGGAGAGGCUGUGGGACGAGGUGGAGAGUAAGCGCAAUGUGCUGACCCGCUCCAUCAACCCGGCCAAGCUGACAGCCUACCUCAGGCAGUGCAAGGUCCUGGAUGAGGAGGACGAGGAUGAGGUGCUCAACUCCCGGCAACUCACCUCCCGCAAGGGCCGUGCAAGCCGGUUGCUGGACAUGCUGAGGUGCCGGGGGAGCCGUGGUUACGAGGCUUUCCUGGAGAGCCUGGAGCUGUAUUAUGCUGAGCUUUACCGGCUGCUCACCGGGGAGGAGCCCACACGCCGUUGUUCCGUGCUGGUCGAACGCUGUGUGUGUGUGUGUCUACCAGUUGAGGAGGGACCUGAAGGCCUGACCCACUUCCUGAUGACCGAGGUGCUGAACCUACAGAAGCAGCUGAAGGAGCGCGAGGCUGAGGUUCACAAACUGAGCACCAGCAGCCAACAGCUCAGCCUCGUGACCCAGGAGCUGGGCAGUGUCCAGCAGCACUUCGCCAGCCUGCGGAAGCAGUGCCAGUCUCACAGCAGCCAACUCAGCCAACUCCGCGACGACAACUACCUGCUCGCCAUGCGCUACGCUCAGCUCACACAGGAGAAGAACAUCGCUGUGCUGAAGGCUCGGGAGCUGCAGCUCGGGAUGGGGAGGCUGCAUUGCCAGCUGACGGGGAUGGAGGAGGAGUGCUCACUGGCUCGAAGAUGCAGCACGAGGCUGCGCAGGGACAUGCAGGACCUGUGCAGUGGGCAGCGGCUCAGUGAGCUCCAGCAGGAGAACAGCCAGCUCAGGGCCAGGAUCCAGAAACAGCAGGUCCUCCUGCAGGCCCCGAGCAGUGAGGCUGUGCUGCUGGACCUGCUGGAUCAGGAUCGUAGGGAGGCCCUGGAGGACAGACAGGAGCUGGUGCAGAGGAACCUGAGCAUCAGUCAAUGCCUCCACGAGACUGAGCAACAGCGAGAUCAGUACCUGAGAGAGAAGCUGGGGUUGGAGCUGAGAUGCUCGCAGAUGGCGGCUCAAUGUGAGCUGAACAAGCGCAGGGUCACCGUCGUCUGUCAGCAGCUGGAGGAGGUGGAGAAGGAGCGCGAUCAGGCGUUUAAAGCUCGGAACGAGGCUCAGGCUUCCUAUGUGCAGAGCCUGCUGGCGAGAGACGAGCACUGGCGGCAGAACUGGGCACUGCAGGAGCGGCUGGACAGGCUGGAAACACAGAUGACAGACAGGGACGGGAAGAGCAGUGACCGUCAGGGUAUCAAAUGCUCACUCCCCACCGGACACUCGCUGGACCUGACAGAUUUUUUGGACAGCAGUUUAGUUUCCGUUGGUUACAGAGGGGAUGGAAACAAGAAAGUCGAAAAAGAGACAUCUUUCUCCCCAAACCUCAGGAGAAGAAAUUGUGUAAAGAGAAGUUCCUCGUCUCCCAUCAAGGUCAGCGAGCUCCGAGCGAUAGGAGAUGAGAAAUGUACAGAGCUUUGCCGCCCAGCGAUGGUUGCCUCGGUGGACAUGGAAUCAGAGGGAGACAUCAAUAGGUUUUCCAUCUUGCCAUUCCCGCCUUCUCAGGGGUCUUUGAUCCUUCGCAACAAGGAAGAUGAUCCGAUUGGGAGCCUCGCAAGCCUCUCGCUAGCCAGCACGAUGGACAUCCUGGAGCCCAGCACAGGUGUGCGGGAGCUGGCAGUGAGUCGUGCUGUGUAUAUCCGGGUCAAUGUGAGUGUGCAAGGCCAGCUGGACGGCUGCUCUCUGCAGGUGGAACGUGGGGAGAUCCUUCAAGUGCUGGACAUAGAGUUGCCCCUGGACAGUGACUGGAGGUGUGCCCGGAUCAACCCCCACACGAAAGAGGACCUCCAGCAGGUCACCGUGCCAGGCUACCACAGAGCGUGCCGCCUCCUACAGGCCAACAGCAGCCCUGCUGUGAGCUGCCAGUGUCCCUGUGAGAGAACCCAGAAACAGGGUUUAAGGAGUGACGUUGUGAUGAAGCCAAGGAGCCUGAACCGUAUUAGGAGCGUACAAAGCAUCUACCCCCCACCCCAGGAUCCAGACACCCCCACCCCACUCUGCACUGACACCCCCAGCAGACCCCGGACUACAGACCCCCUCAUCCCAGCCCAGGAUACAGCCAGUGCCCAUCCCUGGACAACACCUUUUGUUUGUUGUGAAAGUGAGUACGUCCGAUGUCAGGGUCUCAGCUCCUUGCGACUGGAGCUCCAGUGUGUCCAGAGGUUAGAGGCUGUGUGA